UUCGAAUAUUAUUCAAUAACAUGUUUUUUUUGUCAUGAUAAUAAUGAGAUGAGAUGGUAGUUGUGGUGUUGAUGUUGAACAACGACAAUCAAAUCGAUUGACAUGUUUUUUCUCUUAUUUUUUUUCAUGACAAAAAAAAACCAAAUAGAGGUGCUGAUUCAUGUCAUCGAUUUCAUGUUUCAUUUCAUUUGAACAAUCCAUCCAAUGUCGAUAUCGAUUUUUAUUUUUUUUAAAUUUUCACCAUUAAUCUUCUAAUAACAAGUUGAUGAACAAUGUCUGCCGCAGUCCAACCACAACAACAACAACAACGUGAAUUGCCUGAAGUACCAGUUACCGGCAAACGACAAUCACCGAUCGAUAUUAGUACGAAUAAUGUUGUAAAUGAACGAACAAAACGUUCCGUUCUGCAAGAUGGUUCCAAACCAUUAUAUAUUGAUUACAAUCCAUUGAAUGGUGUUCAAAUGACCUUACAGAAUACUGGUCAUGGAUGGCAAUUAAGCAUUCCAGAUGAACAUGCAAAAAAUUGUGAAAUUACCGGUGGUACUUUGGGCAGCGAUCGUUAUCGUUUACUCCAAAUUCAUGCUCAUUGGGGCCGUGAUUCAAAAACCGGCUCUGAACAUACGGUGAAUGGUCGAACAUUUCCUUGUGAAUUACAUUUGGUCCAUUGGAAUUCAACAAAAUAUUCGGAUCCAAAACAAGCACAAACACAAAGUAAAGAUGGUCUUGCUGUUAUUGGUGUUUUCGUUGAUAUUGGAUCGGAACCACAUCCAGUUUUUACCAUCAUCGACAACUUGGUUCCAACAAUCCCAUACAAAGGUGAUAAAACUUCCGUGCAAGAUGAACAUUUGGACCUUAAUCAAUUGGUGCCCGAUCGUCAUUCACCCAAUUAUUGGUUCUAUUUAGGAUCAUUGACCACUCCACCAUACAAUGAAUCCGUACUUUGGCAUUUGAUGAAAACGCCAAUUACUGCCUGUGAAAAUCAAAUUGCUGAAUUUCGAAAACUUUAUGAAAAAGAAUCAUCCAAUGAUAGUAAUCAUCUUGUUCAUGAAAAUUAUCGCGAUAUUCAAGAUUUACAUGGACGACCAAUAUUGGAUAUUGAAUCAAAUUGACAAUCUAAUUUAAUCAACAUUUUAUUUGAUCGUCGAUGAUGAAGUUGAUCAUCAUCAUCAUCAUCAAAUAAUAAUUCUUCCAUAUAUAAACGAAAAAAAAAAUUCAAAAAAGACAAAUUUAUUUAGCUUGUUUCAUAGAGCCAGAAUUUAUAUAUUUUUAUUAUUAUAAUAUAAAAACAAAGAAGAGAAUAAUAUAUUUUGUUACUGUU